GUCCGGCAUACGUCAUGACGUGGCGACGAGAUUCUACACUGGAGGAGCUGGGGGCACGCGGACAUUGAGUAUUGCCAGAGUUAAACUGAAAGAAGAACAAAGACUUUUAAAAAAACAUUUGGAAAUACCUCUAAAUAUGUCUAACAUAAGCAGCUAAAGAAAACUUGAAUCCAACAAAAACAGUUGAACAAUUGAGGCAGUUUUAUGUGUGAGUCACUACUUCUAUCCAGAAGUUCACAUACCUUCCUUUGAAUUUGAGAAUUGUGUACAUUUGAGGAUGGCCUUUCAAUUUAAUUUCACUAUAGAAGACCAUCUGGGAAGUGAAUUAACACACCUUAGAGAUGCAGCAUUGGCCCUGGAUUCCUCAAAAGAUUCUUCUCCAGGCUUAGAAACUCAAAAAGGUAAAGAGACCUUUUUCAAUGACAGAAAGUGCUCACCAGGACAUUUUGACUUGCCUCUGGAUCACUUGGGGGAACCCAAGUCAGCAACAAAUACAGCUUCCACUCAAGACACAGACAGUACAUUCAGUGCUGCUAACAUUUCAGUUAACUUGGAGCUACCUGAAGAACAGCCCUGUUUGAGAAUGGCUAAAGAACACUCUGUGCCUAAAGAUUUAAAGAAAGUGUUAGAAAAUAAAGUCAUGGAAGCAUUACCAGUUCACCAGAAUAUAAUUCUAUCAGUGGUGAAAACCAACCUGUUGAAAGAGAACUUCCCUGGUGAAGAAAAUAUAGUUUCAAAAAGCUUUUCUUCUCACUCUGAUCUGAUUACAGGUGUUUAUGAAGGAGGCUUGAAAAUCUGGGAAUGCACCUUUGACCUGUUAGCUUAUUUGAUAAAGGCCAGUGUGGAAUUUGCUGGGAAAAAAGUGCUGGAUCUUGGCUGUGGGGCAGGGUUAUUGGGUAUAAUUGCAUUCAGGGAAGGGGCAAAAGAAAUUCAUUUCCAAGAUUAUAACAGUUUGGUGAUUGAUGAAGUAACCUUACCUAAUGUAAUAGCUAACUCUGUUUUGGAAGAUGUAGAAAAUGUAAACCAACCAGAAGCAAAAAAAUGUAAAAAAUCAAAAAUAACACAAGAACUGUGUCAGUGCCGAUUCUUUUCUGGAGAAUGGUCUGAAUUUUGUAAGCUUAUACUAAGUAGUGAAAAGCUAUUUGAAAAGUAUGAUCUCAUUCUAACCUCAGAAACCAUUUACAAUCCAGAUUAUUAUGACACUUUGCACCAAACAUUCCUUCAAUUGUUAGAGAAAAAUGGACGGGUGCUUUUGGCCAGUAAAGCACAUUAUUUUGGAGUAGGUGGGGGCGUUCAUGAUUUUCAGAAGUUUGUAGAAGAAAGGGAUGUAUUUGAGACCAAAAUACUUCAAGUAACUGAUGUAGGACUAAAGAGAUGUCUACUUGAAAUGACUUUCAGAUGCCCUAGUUAAUGUCGACUUAAUGUCCAAAGUGAAAUAAAUAG